CUUCAUCAAGGAACGUCUUGACAUCACUCGCCUUGCUGUCCUCUAUUCGUUAGUUAUAUUUGUAUCCCACGAGAUCUCCUUCAACAGGAGUGGUGUGUAAUAAAAACUUGCAAGGAACCCUCAACAGUCUCCCUUUAGAAAACCUACCUGAGACCACUUUCCCAUCCAAACCUCAUAGGAAGUCUCAUAUAUCUCUUGUUUCAUAUAAAGUCCUUCACCAUGAGCGACGAGAACACAAUCUCCCCAACCAGGGUUGUCCUCCUGGCAGCGUGGGAUAUCUUCAAGGAGCAAUGGUAUCUUCUUAUACCGCUCUUCCUCAUCGCCCGUAUCCUAUACAUACGCUAUGCGUCUCCGUUGCGAGAGUACCCGGGACCGUUCUUAGCUUCGUUCUCACGACUCUGGAAAAUCAUCUCCACGGCCUCCGAACGAACACACUUACAUCACAUAGAACUCCACAAGAAGUAUGGACCCAUCGUACGAAUUUCUCCCAAUGAGCUCUCCUUCUCGUCUCCCACGGUCGCCAGAAACGUCCUCUCGGCAGGCAAGCGGUUUUACAAGACGGAUUUCUACUCGGUAUUUCCGCCACCGGAGAACCCGGAUAUCUUCACCGAGAUCCGCGAGGAUGUCCACGCCAUGAAGAAGAAGGUGGCCAAUGUCCCGUACUCGAUGGCAGCCAUGAAGCAACUAAGCCCCUUUAUCGACGACACCAUCGAUUUCCUCGUCAGCCGGCUCGACCAGUUCUGUCCCGACACCGCCAUUCCCGGAUUCCAACAGGCCGGGCUUCCCGGCAGGAACCCCAUCGUGAACCUCGGCGACUGGCUCCACUUCUUCGCCUUCGACGUCCUGGGAGAAGUGGCCUUCGGCCGCUCGUUCGGCUUCCUGGCCGCGGGCGUCGACAAGGAGAGCGCCAUCAAGACGAUCGACAACAGCCAGAAGUACAACGGCAUCGUGGGCCAGAUCCCCGAGAUCGACUGCCUGCUCCGACGGAACCCGCUCUGGAGGUGGAUCCCCGCGUUCAACCCCGAAAACGCGCUCAUCACGAGGAUCGCCCGCGACGAGAUGCGGAAGCGUCGUCCUUUCGAGGUCGACCGUGAUGGAAAGGGUGCUGGUAGCGAUGGCCGUGAGGACCUUUUGUCUUCUUUGAUCAAGGGCCACUUGAAAGACCCGGUGAAGUUCCAUGAGGGUGAUAUCUUUGCUGUGGCACAUGGUGCUAUCUUCGCUGGAUCGGACUCGACGGCCUCGACCAUGCAAUCAUUUUUCUGGCAGGUUCUCUCCCAACCACGCAUUUACUCUAGACUGGUAGAAGAAAUCGAGACCGCUGUGAAAGAAGGCAAGAUUCAUGCCGAAGGCAACGUACAAUGGAACGAUGCACAGAACCUGUCCUACUUCCAGGCUUGCUUGAAGGAAUCGAUGCGUGUGCGUCCCGCGGUCGGUGUUAACAUCGCCCGAUACGUGCCGCCGGAGGGUAUCGAGAUCGAAGGUCGCCACAUCCCCGGCGGCACGCGGCUCGCGCUUAACGGAUGGGUACUGCACCGCGACAAGGCCACUUUUGGCGAGGACGCCGACGUCUACCGUCCGGAGCGAUGGCUUGAGGAUCCUGAGAAUGCUAAGGUGAUGGAGCGGUACAUGUUCCAGUUCGGCGGUGGUUCCCACGUCUGCAUCGGCCGAAACCUAGCACUUCUCGAGAUCAACAAGGUGAUCCCUAGAUUGCUGCGCGACUUCGAGUUCCAGCUGGCCUACCCGGGCCGCGAGCUCAAGGCCAAGGCGACCUUCUUCGUCGUCCAGGAGGGGCUCGAGGUGUACAUCUCCCGGAAGAAGAUCGAGAAGGAGGCUCCGCAAUGAACGAUGCGGUGCGGUGAGGUCGAGCAAGACUCGACCUAAAAAAAACAAACUAUAUCCACACGGACAGGAUUGAACUAAAUCAAUCCACUUAAUGAUGCUACCUAAUUUAUGUUUGAUGAAUUGAUAGUAUCGGGGACGGUACCGGCGGGCGGCGUUGUUGUGUUAGAGCUGGGCUCGCGGCUUACGAAAAAAAGGGGGCUCCUUUGGGUUAUACUGUUGUCGAAGCAUUUA